AUGAUUUUAUUUCCAUAUCAAUCUAUAAAUGAAUUUGUUGAUAAUAUAUUUCGUAUGUUUAAUCAAUUAAUUGAUAAUAAAACAUGUUCAGCUAUUGGUCGUGAUUGUUGUCUUGAUCUUAUUACUAAAUUUAUUGAUCGAGCAAAUGGUUGUAAUUGGAUUAAUAAAUUUAUUGUUUCAGGUAUACCUAAAGUACUUCGAGUAGCAUCAACAGUAGUUAAUUUAUCUGAUAAUGAUUAA